UUUACUCACACGAUACAGAAAAGACAGUAAACUGAUUACUUGUAAUCAAUAUAAUGGUAAUGUAAUAAGAUUACAGAUGCGAUCAAUUUGUAAUCAAGUCAAAUGAUAGACUCUAGAAACGUGGUGGUUUCAUUUUAGUUUCGAACGAUUCGUGCAUAUUGUUGGAAAAGACGUUCCAUUUUGAGAUGGAACAGAGAAAUGUUUUCAAUGCCUGGCAAUAUCGUCAUCUUUUCACGUUUCAAAGCAUGCGUGGCAAAAAUGUAGUCGUAAUGUGCAAUUUGUGCAUGCCAAAGGUUAAUCUCUUAUCGUCAUCCAGAUAUUCGACAUCAAAUUUGAAGAAGCAUUUGGAGAGAAAACAUGGGGGCGUUUUUGAAUUGUUCAAAGCAACGAAGCCUCGAAAACAAGAUAAGUCAGAACCUGGGCCCAGCACCUUUGACCAAAUAAUGAACUGGGAACCUCCUGUGACGCAAGUCAAAGUUGAAACUCCAGAACAGCUCCAGUUUGAGCAAGAAGUGACAAAUGAUGAAUCACAGGCAGUGGUGGAUUCGCUCAUCUUCAAUUUCAUGAUGGAAAGCCUGCAGCCUCCUUCCCUGCUGGAGCAGCCUGCCUUUAAGAAACUCAUUGAAGGAGUAAGUGGUGGCAUGAUGGUGAUGACGAAAGAGACACUGGUGGACAGGCUUCAGAGGGAACAGAUACAAAUGAGAGAAGAGCUGAAAGCAAAGCUGGAUGACGUGCCGUCUGUGUGUACAACCGUGGAUCUCUGGACAGCUCGCGGGAAGAGUUACCUCACUAUGAUGUGUCACUGGGUAGACCCAACUGACCUACAAAGGAAGUCAAUGGCUCUUGCUUGCACCAGGAUCCGAGGCCCACUUACAUACGACACAGUUGCUGCAAAGAUUCACGAGGUGCAUGUCGCAUACAGUCUUGAAGACAAAGUCCAGGCAUUGGUAACUGACAGUGGCAGCAAUUUUGUACACGCUUUCAAUGAGUUUCUGGGCGGUGAGAACCAGGAGGAUGAAGGUGAGCAGUGUGAAUUUUUUUCCUUAAAUGCUCUCCUCUCCACACCACCUCAAGAGGGUGCUGUCCUCUUUUUGCCUCCUCAUCAGCAGUGCAUUGCCCAUGUGCUCAGUUUAGUUGCCACUGAAGACCUGGUGGAAGCGCUGCAGCAGCACACGACUUGUAGCGUGUACACCAGCGCAAUGGCUAAAUGUGCAGCUCUGUGGAGUAAAGUGCAUCAGCCUUCAGAGGACAAAAAGCCAGUCAAAGUCACUUCGUGGACCACUCGCUGGAACUUUGAGUAUGAGGCCGUUGAGGAUCUGGUGUCUCUCAAUGAUGUCCAACUUGUUGAACUCUGUGAACGGAAGAAUGUGGCCAAGCUGCUUUUGAAUGAAAUUUGCUUCUUGAAGGAAUACGUAGAGGUAUUGAAACCUUUGGCAAUGUCACUCAAUAUCUUCCAAGGGGAAGACAGAUGUUUCUUUGGGUUGGCUCUUCCUACACUGCUCACCCUGAAGCACAGGCUGAUGGAGAAGAAAACCAAGACAUGCAUUUUCCCAGACAUAAUUGACGCUCUCCUCGCAGGAAUAGACAGAAGGUUUGCACCAAUCUUCUCCAAUCAGAAUGCCAAAUUAGCGUCAGCGACCAUGCCACAGUUCCGCCUAUGGUGGCUGUCCCCAGCAGAAAGAGGCGACUUACAAACAGCAUUGAUGGGGGAAGCCGCUCACAUUGACCCAGAUGCGGAAGAUGCGGAAGACGAGUCAGACAGCGAUGACGUAAAGCUGGAGGACGAGUUCUUCAACUUUGGACCAGGGGACUCAAGCAACCAACGUGGCCCAAAAUUGGAGGUUCAACGCUACCUUGAGUCGACAACAAAGACGCUGCAAUGCCUCCAGGACUACCCGAGUGUCACCAAGCUCUUCCUCAAGUUCAACACCAUCCUGACAUCUAGUGCCCCCAUAGAUCGUCUCUUCAGUCAUGGAGGUGGUGUCUCUACCCCACAACAGAGUGGCCUAAGUGACGAGCAUCUUGAACAACUGCUUCUCUUGCGCUACAACGGCUUGCCUAUUUGUACAACAGUAUAAUGGCUCUUUCACUCUGUCUGGUUGCCUGUUUGAGUUGUACUGUUUGCUUUUCAAUGCAUUCAAUUUACAUACUGUGAAUAGGGUGAUUGUUUUGUCCUGUAAGUCCUAUAUUUUAGCCCUCAUAUUUAUUUUGCCAUAUUUAGCCUUUUGCCUUCAUGUAUCUUAAAGGCGGAGUCAGUGAUUCCAGUCCGAUACUCAUUUUGUCAAAUUCAGUUACUUAUUUUCCUCACAGUCCAUAAGCUGUCCAAGCUAUUCUGUAUGUGUACUAAAAAACCCUCUUGUGUUCAGGCCCAGUUCUGGCUCUGUAAAUAAGGAAACAACCAUAGUUGCUCAGACUGAGCUAUCCAAGAUUGCAGACAAAAUUAUGUUGCUACAGGAGUACAGAAGGGAAGGGGUCAUUUGAUUGUCAGUUGAGGUCAAAUAUCAGCAACCUUUUGUUAGAAUUGCAGACUGUGCCUUGAAGCGAUUUCACUAGGCAUGCACAAAAUCACUGUAUUUCAACUCUAUGAUUAGUCAGAGUAGCCACUUUGAUCCAAGUGCUAAAGGUAUGCUUCAAUGCAAGAUUAUUUCCAAUUUAUCUUAUCCAGCCCAAAUAACACAAAUUAAUGUGGAUAAGCCUACAAAUACUAACACAAACAUAUAUAUUGUUGAUUUGAUACACACUACAGACACUUUUUUUUAAUUGAAUGGUCAUAAAAUUGUAGAAACUCAUGCAUAGAAUUUAACACAAUUGUUGUUUAUAUGCUAAAUCCUUUGUCUCUAUGAUGCAUAUUAUCUAGAUCCAGAUUUUUAUUUUUAUAUAUAGAUAGAAACUAAUUCUGUUCUUUGCAGUUGGCACGGUUGGGAUGUGCUCCAUGCGCCUUCAUUUGUUAGUUGACUUACUCUGGGAAAGUGUGUGUAUGUAGCAUAUUCAUUCUACUACCGUUCUUCAUAUUAUAAGUGAAUUUGCAAAUUAAUUUUAUUAGUAUUCAGUGUUCUCACUUUUAAUUUGCUUCUGAGUACCUUCUGAGUAUGUAAUCCAAUCAUCAUGCCCAUUCAGUGUUUCACUCUUAAUCGUCGUUCCUGGUCCUGGAUAUGUUCUCAAUACUUGUCAUUGAUUAGAUGCCUCCAUUGAUUAUGCCAUUGUGAUCCUUAUUUAAGCCUUAAUGUAAAACAAAAGCUUUUUGAGAAAAACAAUCCAUGUAAUAGUGGAAAGUACAUCGGUUUGAAAUUACAUCCCUGUAAUAAAUGUCCCACA